AUGGCGUUUACUGGGCGAUGUAAAGCACCAUUACAAUGUUCACAACAAGGACAUGACAUUUAUGAUUUUAGGUAUUUUUCGAAUUUUUUUGUAAAUAUUAUUUCCUAUUUAUUCUCUUUUCCAAUGCAAUAUGUAUGAUUUGAGACGUAAAACAACACAAAAGGUAAUUAUUUAUAUUUCUAGGGCUAACAAUCGGUAUCCUGGAAAAGAAUUCAUCGACCAAGUUACCGGAUUUGGCUACAAAGGUGUAGAAUAUUCAGAUCAAGUUGAGGUUGGUCUUUUGAGCUUUCCUGAUACUUUCAAGUUUUUGAAAAAUAGGUAUAAACCAGAUUUAAAAACAAUUUUUUUAGUUAAAAACAUAAUUUAGAUGGCCAAUGUUGCUGUGAAGAAAGUAUACUUUGGAGCAGUUGAUAGUUUGCCUACAGGAAUGGAUCCAAAAGACGUUGACUUUCCGUAUAAUGGGUACGUUGGUGUUGGAAUGGAGCAGAAAAAUACGUUUUUUAAAUCAUUUCUACGAGAUUCUCCCAAGAACAGAGGAAAUAUUGUGAUUGUUCAAGAUACCUUCAACAAACCUGUCACUACUGUAAGUUUUUUAAAAGCUUUGGACUAGAAAAUUUGUCUAUAUUGAACUAAACAUGUUGACUAUAUUAAACUAGGCGUAUUGUGUAUGUUAUGCGUAUGUUUUUCACGGAUAUUACAUAUGAAGUAUAGUAUCAUACUUCAGAUCUAUUUCAGUUGUGAAGUAAAGUUUAUAUUACAGAACUCAAGCAUAACAUAUCAAAAGCAAAGCGGUAAAACAUAUUUACAAACUGAUUUUACUACUGAAAAGAUAGAAGAAUGUGGUGAAUUUCGAGAAAUGAUAGCUGAUAAUCCUGAAUGGCAAAUAAAGUGUGAGUAAGUUUUGAUACAUUCGAUAUGGUGAUAUAGUCCCUUUUUAUUGAAAGAUCAUGUUAAUAUAACCUUUUAGCAAAGUACAAUUGAGCUUUUUCUCUAGAAAAUCGAAAUCAAAAAAGCACGUUUUGAAUUACCCGCCAGCUUGGCGUUGUGUUUCAAGCUUAUAACUCUGUCAUUUUUUUACUUUCAGUGUCUCAAUAGGAAACUUAUUUUUAUCAACAACAAUCCAAUUCGAGCCCACCAAGCCAACCAGGCUGGCCAGAGAGACUUACCAUUAUAUAUUCAAAAAGUCAACUUGCAAGAAUUCAGAAGCCAGAGAAUUACCGUCGAUUCAAUGUAAAAUAGCUGGCUUUGAUCUCUCUGUAACUCCAGAUGAUUACAUUGUAAAAAACACUGAAUCAAAAGCUCGACAUCUUACUAUUGAGCCAAUGGAUGAUGGUAUGGUUAAGGUAAUAUUUGGUCAGGAAUUCUUCCAAAAGUACUGUAUCAAACUGUCAGCUUCGACUUCUGGAGCGUUUUAUAUGGGAUUCGCUCGGAAUCUGGUUAAUAUAUUGAAAAGUGACAUUGAUCCAGGUGAUGAUGACUAUGAAGAUGAGCCUGUAAGCACGACGACUACAAUACAAGGGCCAGAAGAUGGUGGUGGAGGGGAGGAUGAUGGUGGUAGAUCAUGUGAAGAACAAGGUGAAGGACUUAAUGGAUGUAGUACAAUAUUGUUGAGUUGUUACUUAUAUUUGAUUUUAUUGUUGACAGUUACAUUUUAA